AGAGAGAGAGAGAUGCGUAAAACACUUGCUGCUAUAGUAUAAGGGCGGUACAGUUGCCAGUGCCUAUUUGCACGCAUCAGCUAGUGAAGACGGAAAUAAAUAGUAGGCUAACGGUUAAUUAGUUAGGUAAGGAAUUCGAGAGGGGCCUGGCUGUGAGAAUUUGAUACACGGACAGGUAACUCAAGCAUUGCUGAUUCUCGGUGUGUCCAGUCCAUAUAUAAGUCCUCAUCGGCUGACAUCAGUCACCACAAAGCCUUACAUCCUCUGCUUUGGACACCGGCAAAGGCGAGACAAUCAAAGCGGUGAGCUGGGAUUAAUAUGUCACUCACUUCUAUCCUUUCCGCGGAGGAUAUUGAGAAUGCCGUCAAGGAGUUCCAAGCCCCAGACUCCUUCAGCUUCAAGAAGUUUUUCCAGCUGUGUGGUCUGACCUCCAAGUCUCCCAAAGAAGUCAAAGAUGUCUUCCAGAUCCUUGACGACGACAACAGUGGCUACAUCGAGGAGUCAGAGCUCAAGUUCUUCCUGCAACGGUUUGUUCCCGGGGCGCGGACACUGACAGACGCUGAGUGCAAAGGCUUCCUGUCUGCAGCUGAUGAUGACAACGAUGGCAAGAUCGGAGUAGAAGAAUUCCUGAUCAUGGUCCAGUCCUGAGAGAUCCAUGGGCGCAGAGAUAGCAGCAGGUGUUCGUUCUCCUCUCCUUCCUCCAGCUUCCAGCCUCAGUCUACUUCCUCAAGCCUACAGCAGCCUCCAUUCCUGGAAAUUUGAUUUUCUCUGUCCUGCUUGAAUUGUACCCUUCAAGUUAGAUUUUUUUCAGAGCCCCUCUCUAUUCAAUUACAUUUUGAAUCCAUGAGACCAUUUUUGUUUUCCUUUUGAUUAAGUUCUAGAAGGUUGUAUAGCUGUGCUGCCCCAUGUUUUCUUCCAAUGCACACCACAUUGUCUAUCAAAGAAAUGAAUAAACACAUUGUAACGUA